AUGGCAACGGCCGCCUCCGCCUCCCCCGCCGCCCUCCGCGCCAAAACCCCGGCCCCGGCCCCGCACCCCGGCCCGAAAUCCACCCUCGCAUUCCCGUGGGCCUCCCCUGGAGCUUCCGCCGCCGCCGCCUCCGGCAGGCUCCACGCCAGCCUCCACCUCGGCGGGGCCCGCGGCGUCGGCACCGCCAACGGCGCCGGCCUCCACGUGCUGCACCCCGACGUCACGCCGCUGGCCGUGCCCAAGAUGGCCGCCGGCGCCGGGGACCAGAAGAGCAUCCUGCUCUACCACUGCGAGGAGAUGACGGAUCUCGCCCGCCAGGUGGCCGCCCGGAACGACGACAUCCAGCUCUGCUCCAUCUCCUGGAGGAAGUUUCCCGACGGAUUCCCAGACUUGUUCAUACCAAAUGCCCAGAACAUCCGUGGCCGCCAUGUUGCCUUCUUAGCGUCGUUUAGCUCCCCUGGCGUCAUAUUUGAGCAGCUAUCGAUCAUAUACAACCUGCCGAAGCUGUUUAUCGCUUCGUUUACGCUGAUCCUCCCGUUUUUCCCGACUGGGACCUCCGAGCGUAUGGAAGAUGAAGGAGAUGUCGCGACCGCCUUUACGCUCGCUAGAAGCUUGUCGCACAUACCAAUAUCAAGAGGUGGUCCCACCAGUCUGGUGAUUUUCGAUAUUCAUGCUUUGCAGGAGCGAUUCUACUUUGGAGACGCAAUCUUGCCAUGUUUUGAGAGUGGCAUCCCGUUGCUGAAAACUAGGCUUCAGGAGCUACCUGAUUCUGAUAACAUAGCCAUAGCUUUUCCAGAUGACGGAGCAUGGAAGCGUUUCUAUAAGCAACUUCAACAUUUUCCUAUGAUUAUAUGCAACAAAGUUAGAGAAGGUGAUCAAAGAAUAGUACGUAUAAAAGAAGGAGAUGCUAGAGGCCGUCACGUUGUUAUAGUGGAUGACUUGGUGCAGUCUGGUGGUACUUUGAUUGAAUGCCAGAAAGUGUUGGCUGCUCAUGGAGCAGCAAAGGUUAGUGCGUAUGUGACGCAUGGCAUUUUCCCCAACAAGUCAUUUGAGAAAUUUAAGCCUGAUAAUGGAGAAGGUCCAGAGCAUGCCUUGAGCCACUUUUGGAUUACCGACUCAUGCCCUCUCACUGUCGAGGCGGUCAAGGACAGGCGGCCAUUUGAAGUUCUCAGCCUGGCAGAUUCAAUUGCUUCUGCUCUUCAGAUUUAGCAAGCAAAUUUUGCUGCUAGCUCGGCGGAGAUAUUGUUUAGUUCAUUCUUCUAGGACACUUUGAGGCUGUCAGAUUUUCUUCCCACCUUUUGUUAAAUAGUUUGUUUCACUUUUCCCGGGAAACCUCAGAUUCUUCAGUGGAUUGUUGGAACGACAAAGACAUUUUAGUAUAGUCUGCGUAAUAGCAUGGCUGGACAAGCUGCUGAGUCAGAGGAUUAUAUAAAUAAAAUUUUCGGUUAAGUUCA